AUGGAGUCUCAGUAUCUGAAGAGAUGUUUGGGAAGCUGUUUGAAAGAGGGACUGGCAGAGGUUGUAGAGCAUCGGCCAGCAGAUCCAAUAGAGUAUCUGGCACACUGGAUUUACAAUUACAGAAGAAAUUUAGAUGAAGAAAAAAAGAGAAUGUUGGAGAGGAUUGAGCUGGAACAAGAACGGGAGGUGGCCCUGGUAGAACUUGAAAUGUUAAGAAAAAUGAAGGAAGAAGAGUUAAUGUUCCAGCAGAAACUUGAAGAACAAUGUCAGUUGGAACAAGAACGUGAGAAGUUGGAACUGCAGAAUGAAGAUGAAAUGCUGUUGCAGCAGAAAGAUCAAGAGGAAAAUGGAAAGACUAUAGCUGAACUUACAGAUAGACCUGGGGCACCUAAUUUGACCACAGUUGAGGAGCUAGAUGAGAAUGGACAGUUUGAGACUAUAACAGAUCUCAUGGCAGAAUCAGAACAAGAAAGUUCCCAACUGACCUGA